AUGGUUGACCAAAAGAAUGCCUUCGAAACCCUAUCAAGCGAUGACCGCGGUGCUAUAAUCACCUUGACAUCGGUAUCCCUUCUGAUUGUGGCCAUCAUCUUUGUGCUCGCCAAGUUCUGUUCGGCGAUUUAUUUCAAGCAGCGACGGACAGCGGUCAAUACUCCCAUCUGGGUCGCUUUAGUCCUUGCAAUUGUCCAGGUCGUUGCCUUACAGAAGGCAGUUGACCAUGGACUGGGAAGACAUCAGAGCCAGCUGAGCGAAGGCAAUAUCCAAGCCUGGAGCAAGUUCGCCUUCGCUGCUCACAUUCUGUUCAUCGUUGUUCUGGCGCUUUCAAAAAUGUCAACCAUUUUGCUGGUUUGGAAGCUAACGCCAAGUCAGAGCCUGCGUCGCAGCUGUGCGUUCACCGCUGGUAUAGUUGUCGCAUGGUCAAUAUUCGCAGUGUCGAGUAUAGCUUUUCAGUGUGGAUUGCCGGAUCCGUGGCUAUACUCCCCCAAGCAAUGUGCUGGAGAGGGAGUCUUCUUCUACCUGAUCGCAGUCUUCAACGUCCUCACGGAGAUAAUCAUUGUUGUCCUACCGUUCAUGAUGAUGCGGAAUGUCCAAAUGAACUGGCACAAGCGGGUGAAGAUCCUAUGCUCCUUCUCUUCGCGCCUAAGCAUCGUCGGCCUCGGAAUUGCCCAUCUCGCCCUCACACCUUCGUUCGUUCACUCAACCAACGUCUCCUGGGACAUAGUGGACUGGGAAACAGUCGGUCAGGCAAUGAUGCUCACGACCGUCGUAAUAGCCUGUGUUCCAACCCUUUAUCACAUAUUUGCCGGUCUGCACUCUGGCCUGACCACAACCCAGAUACCUGAGGGGAUUGGGAUCGAGCUCCCGCAGACUAAGCUCAGCGGCUAUAUCAACCAAUCCUCCUCGGGGGCAAAACAGUCCUCCUCAGGGGCAAACCAGUCCCAUUCACGGUUGCAGUCGCGUGGGUGGUUGAAGAGUGAGACCGGGGUUAUCACUGAGGUUUCAUCGGGUCAGGUUCCAAAUCAAAAUUAUGAGGGUGGUAGGCAGUCCGAUUCGAGCGAGGGAGCGGAGAGCACGCGGCAUUUGACGCAAGAACAUCAAGGGAAAGGGGGUGUGCUAAGGACGGUGGAUGUUACGGUGGAGGUUGAGGAGCACUAUCAUCAAGACCGGCUUUGA